ACCGCAGGGCAUAUUGGGCAUACCUGUUGUAGCACUACCUUGGGCCAACGCUUAGUCGAUCGCUGGACAAAAACAUAGCUGUCAAAGGGUAGCAUAGAGAAGGAAGAAAAAAGGUAAACAAGAAAAAGUGAGUCGAGAGGAUUAAAGUUAUUUGCAAGUGAAAAUUACUAAUAAUUUCAGUGGAUUGAAACAGUUUAUUGGCAGUGCAUUAAAGUUACAUUGCCCUACAGGUGAAUUACAUUCAGCCGCGUGCAAUUCGUCAGUGCCUGAAAGGAAAUACUUACCGUAGGAUUGGUGUAGAUUGAGCCCGUUAUCUGUGAGUAAAAAAGUAAACAAAACAGGAAAAUUAAGCUGUUAACUUAUAUUACUGAUUUGAACAUAGGAGUCGGUGUCGUAAGUCGAGGAAGGUUGAGACAUCAGGAUUAAUUUGGAGAGAAACUAUUCAUGUAAGCUGAAUUCAUUUGUAUACCACUAUAAAUAGAUAUAACAAGAAUAAUAAUUACAGUUUUAAGCUGCGCGAAUACGGCUGCUAUAAAAAAGGUUUGUGAUUAAUCCGAACAAACUUAAAAAUGAAUAAAGCUGUUUUUAACCUAAACGACACCGAGGUAACUGGCUACAACUGUGCGGUCUGCAACCGGCCGGAUCAUGCCGAGGAUGAAAUGGUCGCCUGCGACUGUUGCCGAAGAUGGUUUCACUUUGGAUGUGCCGAAGUUGGAAGCGAGGUAGGUGAUAUUUCUUGGAGCUGUCCAGAAUGCAAAAGCAAGCUGAAUGAUGGAAAUGCGGAAGACAGUGGCAAACUUGUGCCAGCCGCAGAUAACGAUAAAGCAGGAAGCGGGGGAACGUAUAAACCAGUCGUUAAUCCUGCUACAGUUCCGGAUGAGGUUUUGCAGAGUUUACCCGAGAAAACAGGCACAUUAUCGUUCCAGGAGUUAGAGCUGCAGAAGAUAGAGGCAUCUCGUAAAAGGCAGGAAGAACAAAUGGAGAUGGAAAGGGUCUUAUAUAAGCGACGGCUGGAAGUACAACGAGAGCUGUUUGAAAAGAGACAGCAGAUAGAGCGUGAAAAGCGGCGGAUGGAACUCGAGUUCGAAAGGCAGAGUCUGCAAAUGGCGAUUGCAGAAGAAGAAGAGCAUCAUAAGCAGCAACAGCAGAUUAGAGCCGAACUGACUCGCAAGUUAGAACAGCUGCGAAUGAGGCGGGUAGCAAAUUCACCGGAAGGGAGCCAAGCCAUAUGCGAAUUAGAGAAGCCUGGAGAGGCCUUUGAUGCAAAAGCAACCACGAAUGACGAAAAUCACCCGGGUAACAAACAGCUGGGUGAUAUUCGGGGAGCGUACCUCAAACAUUCGACCCCAAAGCAACCCGGGCAACGUCCACCGUUGCAAAUAAGUCAUUCGAAGGAAUCGGAACCUACUGAACGUCAGGGGACACUGAAUACAAAGCAAAACACGCCAGCACAAUCUGUAGGAAGCCAUUCAAAUCUCGAUGAUGUUUCGGAGUCAGAAGCGGAGAGCGAGUGCUCCAUACGAUCACGAUCACAGCGAGACACUCGCCGGGAAAGGGGCCCAACGAGAGCCCAGUUGUCGGCCAGGCAGUUUUUAGCCAAGAAGCUUCCUACAUUUACCGGGCGGCCAGAAGAUUGGCCGAUGUUUAUCUCAAGUUUCGAGACAGCAAACCAAGCUUGUGGGUUCUCUAACGUCGAAAACCUAGGACGGUUGCAAGAGAGCUUGAAAGGUCAAGCAUUAGAAGCAGUCCGAAGUCGCCUGCUAUGGCCAGAUGCCGUGCCUCAGAUCAUCGAAUCUCUUCGGAUGCUGUACGGACGGCCCGAGCAAUUAUUGAAUAUGCUGUUGGUCAAAGUUCGGAAGGCGGAACCACCCAAGGCCGAUCGUUUGGCGACCUACAUUGGUUUCGGUAUGACGGUGCAGCAACUCGUCGAUCAUUUGGAAGCAAGUGAUCUAAAAGACCACUUGGUAAACCCUAUGCUGAUCCAAGAGUUGGUAGAAAAACUACCAGCUAGUACAAAAAUGGAGUGGGUGCGCUACAAACGAAGGAAGCACCGCGUAACUCUUCGAACAUUAUCCGAUUUUCUGUCGGAGAUUGUGAGGGAUGCCAGCGAGGCCACGUUGUACUGCGGAGGAUUUUCGCAACUUGAAAGUAACCCAAGAAGCGGGAAGAGUAAACUGAAAGAGCGCGAAGAAUUCUUAAAUGCUCAUUGCGCAUCCGAAACUGAUAAUCGGCGCGAGGUAGAGGGAAAGAAGCCGUGCAAAAUCUGCUCUCGGUCAGAUCACCGCAUCCGUAACUGCCCCGAAUUUCGUAAAUUGAAUCUGGCGAUGCGCUGGGAGACGGUACGAAAAUGGAGUCUGUGUAAAAAUUGUUUGAAUGAUCACGGAGAUUCUCUUUGCAAACUCAGUUUUCGUUGCAAUGUCGGCAGCUGCAGUGAAUCGCACAAUCCGCUUCUACACCCGGAAGAAGCUUACGCUGAUUGCAAUGUGCAUCGAUUCCAGCAGAAAUCGGUGAUCUUUCGCACGGUCCCAGUAACACUCUACAAUGGGAAGUAUGCGAUAGAUACGAUAGCUUUCCUCGACGAAGGUUCCUCAUACACGCUGGUUGAGAAUGUUUUGACGAAACUGUUGAAGACGAAAGGUGUUGUUCAACCGCUUCGUGUAACAUGGACGGCAGGCGUUUCUCGGGUGGAAAAAGACUCACAGAGGUUGAAUUUGUCGAUUUCAGCUCGAGGUUCCACCCAGCGCUUCCAGAUUCAGGACGCACACACUGUAGAGGAGCUGAAAUUGCCGAAACAGACGCUGGAUUUGAAAGAAGUUGCAAAUCAGUAUGUGCAUCUUCGAGACUUGCCAGUACCGGAUAGUAAACACAGUGUUCCUCGAAUAUUAAUUGGGUUAAAAGACCUUCACCUGUACACUCCACUCGAGACUCGAGUUGGACGCCCCGAUGAGCCCAUAGCGGUCAAAUCGAAGCUAGGUUGGACGGUAUAUGGUCCGAUACGGAGCGCCGAUUUGAAAGAAGAGUUUGUUGGUCAUCAUUCUUGUGGCGGCGUUUCCAAUCAAGAGUUGCACGACUUACUGAAAGAGCAUUAUGCGUUGGAAGAGGCAGGAGUUACUGCAGCACUACUGCCGGAAUCGUCCGAAGACCGGAGAGCGAGAGAAAUUUUGGAUAGCACAACGGUUAGGAUCGGUGAUCGCUUUGAGACGGGGUUGUUGUGGAAAGUGGACGAACCCAGUUUUCCAGACAGCUAUGCCAUGGCCCUGAGACGGAUGAAGGGACUUGAAAAGCGACUUCUAAAAGACGAAAUUCUGUACAACAGGGUGCGAAGCACAAUAGCUGAUUAUCUGACGAAAGGAUAUGCUCACAAAGCGACGUUCCAAGAAUUGCAUGAACAUCCAGCCUCCAAGGUGUGGUAUUUGCCAUUAAACAUCGUUAUAAACCCCAGGAAGCCGGAGAAACUCCGUCUAGUGUGGGACGCAGCAGCAGCUGUUGGUGGAGUCUCGUUAAAUUCCCAGUUGCUUACCGGACCAGACAUGCUGACAUCUCUACCGUCCGUUAUUUGUCGUUUUCGGGAACGAGAGGUCGGGUUCGGAGGUGAUAUAAAAGAAAUGUAUCACCAACUGCUCAUCAGAAAAGAGGACCAGCAAGCUCAGCGAUUCUUGUUUAGAAAUGAUCCUUGCGCGCGUCCUGAGGUAUAUGUUAUGAAUGUUGCUACAUUUGGAUCAACCUGUUCCCCAUGUUCCGCUCAAUUUGUGAAAAACAAGAACGCAGACGAAUUCUUCUCACAGUAUCCAGAGGCGUCGAGGGCCAUAGUAGACAACCACUAUGUCGAUGACUAUUUUGACAGCACUGACACUGUGGGAGAAGCGAUAAAACGAGCCAAAGACGUUCGUUAUAUUCACUCUCGAGGAGGCUUCGACAUCCGAAAUUGGGUGGCUAGUUCAAAUGACGUCUUACGGGCGCUAGGUGAAGCAAAGACGGAACAGCAAGUUCAUUUCCAUCAAGACAAACAUACGGGGACUGAGCGAGUUCUAGGUAUUGUAUGGAAUCCGAAGAGCGACGAGCUUUGUUUUUCUACGAGGUUGCGUGACGAACUGAUACCUUUCAUAAGUGGUGAACGAUGGCCAACUAAAAGAGCGGUACUGAGUUGCGUGACGAGCUUUUUCGAUCCGCUAGGCCUGCUCGCUCCAUUCACCAUCUACGGAAAGAUGCUGAUACAGGACCUCUGGCGAAGAGGCUGCGAGUGGGAUGAGGAGAUAGACGAGGAAUCGAUGAUGAAGUGGAGAAAUUGGAUUGAGCGGCUGCCGGAAAUCGAAAGAAUCAGGAUACCUCGGUAUCACUUCGUGAAAGGGCAGGCGCCGGACUACAGUACUCUACAACUGCACGUAUUUGUAGAUGCUAGCUCGAACGCAUACGGCUGCGUUGCAUAUUUCCGGAUUUUGAUAGCUGGAAAACCGCACUGUUCACUUGUAAUGGCGAAGUCAAAGGUAGCUCCGUUAAAGCAACUGACGAUCCCGCGCCUAGAAUUACAAGGGGCGGUUCUGGGAUCAAGGCUGAUGAACACCAUUAUGGAAACUCAUUCACUGCCCAUUAAGCAGCGGUUUAUUUGGACGGACUCUAGAACUGUUCUUUCCUGGAUUCACUCCGAUCAGCGAAAAUAUAAACAAUUUGUCGCGUUUCGGAUUGGAGAGAUCCAUACCCUUUCAAAACAGUGCGAGUGGCGCUGGUUACCUACUAAGCACAACGUGGCAGAUGACGUUACUAAGUGGCAUGCGGGACGGCGAUUUGAAUCCGAUACUCCAUGGUUCCAGGGAGCAUUCUUAAAUCAGUUCGAAGAAACAUGGCAGCAGCAACCACAAGUAGUACCGAACGUGUUGGAGGAAAUUCGGGCCAUUCAUUUGUUUCAUGACGUUUUAGUCCUGAAGCAAAUCGUCGAUCCUCUCCGCUUCUCUAAAUGGAAGGUUCUAGUUCGGACUGUGGCAUGUGCAUAUCGUUUCAUUUAUAACUGUCAGCGAAAGGUUGCAAAGCUGAGUAUCGAAGCACUUCCAGUAACAGAAAAGGUGAAGAAACUCGCGAAAGUGCAUCACUCUGUUGUCGCAGUACCAUUAAAGCGUGAGGAAUACCAGAAGGCUGAAUCCUACCUGUGGCGAGUGGCCCAAGCAGAGGUGUACGAAGAGGAGGUGAAGAUACUCAUGAAAAAUCAACAACUUACUCAUACAGACCAUUAUCGACUAGAGAAAGAUAGCCAACUUUACGACAAGUCUCCCUUCUUGGACGAUAGGACAUCGCAUAACUACGUUGCUAGUGGAAUAUUUCCAUCAGAAAAUGGGUCACGCGAACACCGAAACGGUUGUAAAUGA